UAGGCAGGGACAGCAGGAGAGGCGCGCAGAGCACGGGGAGGGGACGAGUGUAUAUUUAGAAAGCGGGAAGGCGAUGCGGUAAGGAGCCGCAGAGACCAGCGGGGAGCUGGGAGCGCACGGAGAGGGGGAGUUCCGCUUCCUCCCGCCCCCGCUGCUCCCGGCGCGCAGAGCACAGCCGGCCCGUCCCGGCGCCCAGGUGCCCCGCGCCCCUCGGCGGCGCCAGCUGGCUCCAGCCCCGCUCGGGUCGCUGUCGUCAGGCUCCUCCUCCCUCCCCCGAAAGGGACUGGCUCUGCUCCUGGCAAAACCGGGCUUCCCGGGAGAUGUGCUGAGCGCUCGUCCCGCAGCCUCGGUGCGCCCCGGACGCGCCGCCGACCCCCCGCGCACGCCCUGGACUGGUACCCGGCAUCCUGCGUCCACAUGAGCGCCGCUCCCAGCACACCCAGCGCCAAGCCGGCUCCCCCACCUGCCCCGCCGAGCGCAAAGUGCUGAGAGUUCUCCGGGCCGCCCCCCUGGGGCCCCGGGCAGCGACGCCGGGAGCGGGAGCAGCGGAAGAAAAACAAGCGGGCGCGCCGCGAGCCCCACGGGGGCGGCCAGUCGGGCGGCGGCCGCGGGCCGAGCCGGAGGAGCAGCUCCCGGCCAAGUUCGGACUCCGGCGGCGGCGCCGGGCAACCCCCUCCGCCGAGCGCCCCGCGCGCCUAGCCAGGACCCGGGGUUGGGGGGAGCCGCCUCCAGGCGGGAGCGCGGCGGCGCCGCCAGGGAGCCCCCAUGCCGGCGGCCAACAUGAUGGAGAACCUGCAGCUGCCCGCCCUGCAGGUGCCCGAGCCGCAGGGCGCGCCCGACGGCAGCCCUGUCUGGUCCAGCUCGUCCACCCCCACGCUGCGCCGCCGGCGCUUCAAGAUGCGCCGCAUGAAGAACGUGCAGGAGCAGAGCCUGGAGGCCGGGCUGGCCCGGGACCUGCCGGGCAAGGAGUUCUUGCAGCUGCCGUCCAUCGAGAUCACGCCGUCCAGCGACGAGGACACGCCGUGGUCCAACUGCUCCACGCCCAGCGCGUCCCCGCGCCGAAAGCGCUUCCUCCUCCGCAAGUGGCUGCGGGUGCGGGAGCGGAAGGAGUGCAGCGACAGCAGCAGUCAGCAGAGCAGCCAGCAGAGCAGCCACGACGAUGACUCCGGCCGACUCCUGAGCCCUCAGGUGCGGGAAGAAAGCACUGCCAGUAACUCCAACCGCAGCACGCCCGCCUGCUCCCCCAUCCUCCGGAAACGGUCGCGCUCGCCCACCCCCCAGAACCCGGACGGCGAAGCCAUGGUGGAGAAGGGCUCGGACCACUCCUCGGACAAGUCUCCGUCCACGCCGGAGCAGGGCGUGCAGCGCAGCUGCUCCUCGCAGUCCGGCCGCAGCGGGGGCAAGAACUCCAAGAAAAGCCAGAGCUGGUAUAACGUGCUGAGCCCCACAUACAAGCAGAGAAACGAAGACUUCCGGAAGCUCUUCAAGCAGCUUCCGGACACGGAGCGUCUCAUCGUGGAUUACUCCUGCGCGCUGCAGAGAGACAUUCUUCUCCAAGGCCGACUCUACCUCUCUGAGAACUGGAUCUGCUUCUACAGCAACAUCUUCCGCUGGGAAACCCUGCUGACCGUCCGAUUGAAAGACAUCUGCUCCAUGACGAAAGAGAAGACAGCUCGCCUCAUCCCCAAUGCCAUCCAAGUCUGCACUGACUCCGAAAAGCACUUUUUCACUUCCUUCGGGGCCCGGGAUCGGACGUACAUGAUGAUGUUCCGGCUCUGGCAGAAUGCACUCCUCGAGAAGCCCCUGUGCCCCAAGGAGCUGUGGCACUUCGUGCACCAGUGCUAUGGCAACGAGCUGGGCCUGACGAGCGACGACGAGGACUACGUGCCCCCCGACGACGACUUCAACACGAUGGGCUACUGUGAGGAGAUCCCGGUGGAGGAGAACGAGGUGAACGAUAGCUCGUCCAAGAGCAGCGUCGAGACCAAGCCGGACGCCAGCCCGCAGCUGCCCAAGAAGUCCGUCACCAACAGCACCCUGACAUCCACCGGGAGCAGCGAGGCCCCCGUCUCGGUGCGUGGCCGGCCCCGGCCCCGGCCACCCCGCCUGCCUGCCCGCCUGCAGCCCGUGUCCCCAGCUCAGUUUGAUGGGCUGCCCCUGGAGGAGGAGGUGCUAGACAGGGAUUCGGCCCUGGAGAAGGAGCUGGCCAUGGACGGCAUCAUCGGGGAGAAGCUGGACAUCACGGCACCCGUCACCUCCCCGUCGCUGGACUUCAACGACAACGAGGACAUCCCCACCGAGCUCAGCGACUCCUCGGACACCCACGACGAAGGGGAGGUCCAGGCCUUCUACGAGGACCUGAGCGGCCGGCAGUAUGUGAACGAAGUCUUCAACUUCAGCGUGGACAAGCUCUACGAUCUCCUCUUCACUGACUCCCCGUUCCAGCGCGACUUCAUGGAGCAGCGCCGCUUCUCGGAUAUCAUCUUCCACCCCUGGAAGAAGGAGGACAGCGGGGACCAGAGCCGAGUGAUCCUCUACACCAUCACCCUCACCAACCCCCUGGCUCCCAAAAGUGCCACCGUCAGGGAGACUCAGACCAUGUACAAGGCCAGCCAGGAGAGCGAGUGCUACGUGGUGGACGCCGAGGUCCUCACUCACGACGUGCCGUACCACGACUACUUCUACACCAUCAACCGCUACACCCUCACCCGUGUGGCUCGGAACAAGAGUCGGCUCAGGAUCUCCACGGAGCUGCGCUACCGGAAACAGCCCUGGGGCUUGGUGAAAUCCUUCAUCGAGAAGAACUUCUGGAGUGGGCUGGAGGAUUACUUCCGCCAUUUAGAGACGGAGCUGACCAAGACCGAGAGUGCGUACCUGGCCGAGAUGCACCGGCAGUCUCCCAAGGAGAAGGUCAGCAAGCCUGCGGCCGUGCGGAGGAGGAAGCGGCCCCACGCGCACCUGCGGGUCCCACACCUGGAGGAGGUGAUGAGCCCGGUCACCACCCCCACGGACGAGGACGUGGGCCGCCGGAUCAAGCACGUGGCAGGCUCCACUCAGACCCGGCACAUCCCUGAGGACGCCCCUGCUGGCUUCCACCUGCACAGUGUCUCCAAGCUGCUGCUGGUGAUCAGCUGUGUCCUGGUCCUGCUGGUCAUCCUGAACAUGAUGCUCUUCUACAAGCUCUGGAUGCUGGAAUACACCACCCAGACGCUCACCGCCUGGCAGGGGCUGCGGCUCCAGGAAAGGGGUCUGGGAGCACAGGACGGUCUGCUGAGCGUAACUCCAGCUGCCGGGGCGCCCCUUCUUCUAACCCACAGGUUACCCCAGUCCCAGACAGAAUGGGCACAGCUCCUAGAGUCCCAACAGAAGUACCACGACACGGAGCUCCAGAAAUGGAGAGAAAUCAUCAGAUCCUCAGUGAUGCUCCUCGAUCAGAUGAAGGACUCACUUAUCAAUCUCCAGAACGGCAUCCGGUCCCGGGACUCCACGGCCGAGAGCAACGAGAAGAGGAACAGCUACCACUGAGCAGGCAGGCGCAGGGAGGCUGCCGAGACCGUGCAAUGCGUGUGGUGUAUGUGCCCCGUCUCUCCCGCCAUCGCCCCGGCCCCUGGCCGCUAGGCCGCGGAACAGUCAUCCCCGGCACCCCGGCUUCCUUGGGCCCUCACCCCCAAGCCCUAGCAGGCUGGCCCUACGCCCCUCCACCUCUGGGUUUUCUUCCAGAAGAUGCAUUUUGGAUCCGGGCAGAGCACUGCCGCUGUUUUCGCUGUCUUUCCUGGAAGCCGUCUCUGCGUCCCCCCACCCGCCUCCCCGCCACGGAGCAGACCUUUGCACACGGUGUAGAGAGCGCCCCUCCCCCCUCUCUGCCCGCCCUUGUUACCUCACUCCUGCUCCGGCUGUCCCGUCCUCGCCGCUCUGGGCCCAGCCAGCUCAGGGGGCCUGGGCGCGGUUUUCUAUUGUGACCUGAGGCCCUCGGCCGGCCGGGGAGCCUGGACUGGAGGCCGGGCUCCUGGCCGGAAGCACCUUCGCCUACCAAGAGGAACUGAUGCCAGACAAUCUCCCCCAACAUGUGAAGGCGGAAAGGACACUCAUCCUGCCACACGGCGCUGCCCAGGCCCAGUGGCGGCCGCGGCCCCGUCGGGAACCUAGGCCCUGGACUUGGGUACCCCGUGCCGAGGUCUCAUCACCGACGCAGUCAUUUUGCCAACAGUAGUUGUGUGGCCCGCAUCUCCCCGCCAGAUCACUCUCUGCAUGGACCAGACCAUCUUCCCAAACCCAUGGUGCUUACCCCCCGCCCCCACCCCCACCACACACACACACACACACACACACACACACUCACACUCACACUCAGUGGAGACUCGUGGGGAAGAACGGGCCCGAGGCCAGAGUGCCUCUGGAUCUUCCUGACGGGGGCGGGGUGGGUGAGGCGAGGCGGAGGGAGCGGCCCCCCCAGCCUGCACGGCGCCAGCUCUGGGUGGGAAUCUAGCCUGGCGCAUCCGGCAGGGGUCCGGCCACCUGUGUUUGGAUCUCUAACUGUAUCUGCCUGGCGCUGGGCGCAAGGUCUGGAAACUUAACUGCUAGUUCCUAGAAACAUACAAGGCUUCCCAGCCAAAUCUUACUGUAAAGUAGCUAGAAUCAUGGAAGUACAGUAUGAAUUAAAAGACAAAAGUAUUGAAUUACA